UUUCUUCUUGCCAUUCACGACGGCCCGCUGGCUACGCUUCACCUUGCCCGUCAGUUCGUUAGAAAUAUUAUCAAGGUGGCAUAUCCCAGCAUCGACCGCCUCGCGUCUCGCGCAAGAUUUGUGCUCCCACAAUUACUAUUGUCGCCCUCAAGUUUUUUCAGUCGAGUCAUGACAAGCCUCGUACUUACUACACUAGCCGAUGUGGAGCCUCAAGUACCGCCUGUUGCGCCUGGCCUACGGAAGAUACCGCCAUAUUGGUAUCCGUAUAGUACAUACGCGAAGGAGAGAUGGAUAGGCCGCGAGAUACUCGAGGUUGUUUCUACCGAAUUUAGAGAUCGGUCAAUGGAAUACUAUAGAUAUGCAUUAGAAUCCGGAGUUACGACAUUAAAUCGGAAGCCUGCCAAGCCUGAUACAAUAAUACAAGAUGGAGACCUCAUGGAGAAUGUCGUUCACCGCCAUGAGCCACCUGUAACAUCGACGCCAGUCAAAGUGCUCUUCGAGGACAAGGAGCGGGAGUUUAUAGUCGUGAACAAACCGGGCAGCAUCCCUGUGCAUGCAUCAGGGAGGUACUAUCGGAACACUCUGGUAGAGAUUCUCAUGACCGAGUUUGGUUUUGAGAAGGUAUACACUGUAAACAGGCUGGAUAGGUUGACCUCAGGGCUUAUGAUCCUUCCAACCUCCACGGAGCGCGCUCGAUCACUGACUAAAGAAUUUAUGGAUGGUUCCAUUAAGAAAGAAUAUGUGGCGAGGUGCAAGGGAGAAUUCCCCGAAGAAGAAAUUGUCUGCGAAGAGCCACUGCUUACAAUCGAUAGACAAAUGGGUUUGAACGUUGUACAUCCAGAGGGCAAAGCAGCCAAAACUGUGUUCAAUCGGAUUCGGUAUGACACAAAAACAGAUAGUAGCGUCGUCCUUUGCAAGCCUAUGACGGGUCGAUCACACCAAAUUCGCGUACACUUGCAGUACUUGGGACACCCCGUCGCCAACGAUCCUGUAUAUUCUGAGACCAGAAUCUGGGGCACCAGCCUAGGAAGGGGUGGAGUUGAUCUCAUUCCCAGUGAUGAACGGUCCGCUCCCGCUCCGCCUCCACAUCUCAAAGACAGCACCGAGCUUGGUGGUAGCCCUGAAUCGCUAGCCAAGGACGGGACCUCGUCUGCUUCAUCGUCCGAACCCAAACUUCUACCUCGAGAGACGGGGAAGGAUAUCGGUAUGGGCUCACCUGUACCACUUUCAAGCGAAGCCGUCGGGGUUAUUACACGCCUUAGAAAUAUGAAGGAUGAAUCAGAGGACUGGAGUAGGUGGCGUGAUGUCGUUUUCCGGGCGAAAGAACCACUACGACCGCAACAUUGGGCUUUAAAGCCCCUGCCUCCACGUAACAAGAAGAAAAAGGGCAAGUCCGAGUUCGUCGAUGAGUCCCUGAACGUAUUCAGGUCAGGAACAAGCCCAGCGACGCCAGUUACACCAACAACUCCCGAUGAUGCCAUUCCAGUCUCGGACGCGCCUCAGCUGUCCGUUGACGAGGCGGUGGAGCGCGCGCAGGGAUUGGCGCCUGUGGUGCAGACUCCGUUGGUCGAAGCUGACCAGCACUAUUGCCCCGAAUGUUACUUGCCGCUUCAUCCAGAUCCCAAGCCGGAGAAACUCUAUAUAUUUCUUCAUGCGCUUAGGUAUACCACAAGCUUGGGCGCAUUUGAGACGGAAAUGCCCGAAUGGAGUGCGCCAGACUGGGAUUGGGAUAGAUCGAGUUCAUAGUUGUCUUGGUGCCGACAUACAUCUAGAUGGGCUAUGGUCGUGUAUGUACAACAGAGAUGGAUACGCCUCAGAAAUUGUGUCUAUUCAGCGAGCACUCAACCUUGAGGGUAGUGGUGGCUCGAUGCUGUCAUGGUUGCUGGAACGUCAAGCACGC